UGCCGCUGUGCCUCACCGACUACACAUAUCAAGACCCAUAACCUACGUAGACUGUAGUCAAUUAACAUUCAUAUCGAGAAUCGAUAACAUUCCCGAACAGAUUCCCACUGUGGAGCCAACAAGAGAAGUUAUCAUCACUUGGCCAUAUUGAAGUUUCAUAUUUGCCUCUAGCCGGACAGCUGUCGGAUUUGUGUCAGGACUCCCAGCUUAUUUCUCUUUCCCACCGUCCACCUACAAUCCAUCUUGGGUGGCCCGUCAGCCUUGGAGGGCGAAAGUGGAGCGAUGAGCGGCGCCAUGCGCUGGGUUCCGAAGGGCAUCUCGUGUCCGUUCCAGGACCUGAACUGCACGUGCAUCGUGGAGACGCUCUCCUCCUGGAACGACACGGGGGUCAAUGAGUACCGGAUGGUGGACCUGCCAUCUGUUACCACCUCUGUGGCCACGGUGCACGAGGCCCCUCGUCACCCCUUCCCCACUGUGGAUGUACCUGACCACGCCCAUUACACUAUAGGGGCCGUCAUCCUGGCUAUCGGCAUCACCGGCAUGGUGGGCAACUUCCUGGUUAUCUAUGCCUUCAGCAGGAGCAGGUCACUGAGGACUCCAGCCAACAUGUUCAUCAUUAACCUGGCCAUCACUGACUUCAUGAUGAGCCUCACACAGGCACCCAUCUUCUUCACCACCUCCAUGCACAGGAGAUGGAUCUUCGGAGAGAAAGGCUGUGAGCUCUAUGCAUUCUGCGGGGCUCUAUUUGGGAUCUGCUCUAUGAUCACUCUGAUGGUGAUAGCAGUGGACCGCUACUUUGUGAUCACACGUCCGUUGGCCUCCAUCGGGGUGCUCUCCAAGAAACGAGCCCUGCUUGUCCUCAUGGCUGCCUGGGCCUACUCACUGGGAUGGAGCCUGCCCCCUUUCUUCGGCUGGAGUGCCUAUGUUCCAGAGGGUCUGUUGACCUCCUGUACAUGGGACUAUGUGACCUUUACCCCGUCAGUGCGUGCCUACACCAUGCUGCUCUUCACCUUUGUCUUCUUCAUCCCCCUGAUCGUCAUCAUGUACUGCUACUUCUUCAUCUUCAGAGCCAUACGUACAACUAACAAGGCUGUAACCAAGAUCAACGGCACUGAGAGUACCAGAGACUCCAUUAAGAGUUUCCAUCGGCUGAAGAAUGAGUGGAAGAUGGCUAAGAUCGCUCUUAUUGUCAUCGUCCUCUACGUCAUCUCUUGGUCCCCCUACUCCGCUGUUGCCCUGACCGCAUUUGCAGGGUAUACAGAUUUUCUGACCCCCUACAUGAACUCAGUGCCUGCUGUGAUCGCCAAAGCUUCAGCCAUUCACAACCCCAUCAUCUAUGCCAUCACCCACCCCAAGUACAGGAUGGCCAUAGCCAAGUACAUCCCAUGCCUGGGGUUUUUGCUGUGUGUACGUAGACGCGACCUGCGAUCUACCAACAGCAGCUUCAUGUCCACCCGACGAUCCACUGUCACCAGCCAGACCUCCGACAUCGGCGACCGCUUACACUGCACCAGCGCUGUCAAGUCCCGCCUUUCUUCCGCCUCCGACAGCGAAUCGGGCUGGACAGAUACUGAGGCUGACCUCUCCAGUAUGGGCUCCUGGACGGCUAGCCGCCAGGUGUCCUGUGAUAUCAGUAAGGACACAGCCGAGCUCCCACACUUCAAGCCCUCCAGCUCCAAGUCCAAGAUGAAGAGCCACGACUCUAGCGUCUUUGAGAAGAGCUCUUAUGACGUGGACAACAUCUCCAUGACAGGUGUGGGCCACAGUGACCACGGCUUCCCUCCAAGUGCAGGUGAUUCGUCAGAAGGCACCAUAACUAGAGGAAUGAUUGGCUGGAUCCCCAGCAUCGUCAUCACCUCUGAGACCAGCCCCUUCUUACCAGUCCUUAAGGCCAGUUCCCAUGGUUCCAGUACUAAGGGGCCACGGGAGAGUGUCCAGCAGGGGUUAACACUUCCCUCUAACUCCUCUAACAGUGAUGGCUCUACACCACUCAUCUGAUCACAACCACCCCAGUGUAUAUGUACAGUACAUGAUGAUUUAUAGUAAAUGCCAGGGUCUGUACUCAACAUGCAACUUUUAUAAAAGUAAAGUUA